AUUCUGUCUUUGCUAGCUUUGCCGAGAUGAUAUCAUUUCUGUGGAUUAUUGCAGUUUUUGCUGUCGUGAGUUGUCAACACUGCGAUCACCCCGAAAAAAGGGAUGAAAUAAUCCACAAAAUUGAGGACUAUUUCAGACAUCAUCCUGACCUGAAUCUCCUGCAAACAGUUUUAGAACACUAUAUAUAUCCUGACAUGUAUAUGGUAGACCUAGGACGGCAUCCUCACCAUUUACAUCAUCAGCAUCACCACAGACGGGAAGUGCUCCAAAAACGUGCGCACGGACACCAUGAUGAUCACCAAAAACAUGAAAUAGACAAACUUCGAAAAGAAAUGGAGCAUCUCGUACAUGAUUUGGAGCAUCUGGAUAAUACUUGUAUUUCGGAAAUUCUCUACAAGAUUGAAGAGAUUCUUGGUCUGCCACAUCUUGGGAAAACCACACAGGCACCGCAUGUCCCACAUCAUACAACAGCUCCUGCCCCCAGUACACCCACUACGAUACCAGUUACAACAACAACGACACCUACAACAACCACAGUGCCACCACUUAAUGUCUCUCAUACAUGUAACGGAUUAGAAUUUGUCCAAACUGUGGCAAUUGGAAAAACGGUCAUUCAUCCAGAAGCUGGUUUGUGUACUGACGGUACACAAAGCCAAUCAGAGGCUCUAGUGCUAAAAACGUGUCAUUCAGCGGCCCCAGCAACCUGGUCCAAAGGAUACAAUGUAAUGCAAAAUUGUCAGAGAAUUCCGAAGUACACCCCAGUAUCUACAUUUGUGUUUGGGAUGUAUCCUAUGGAUGGAUCUGCCAUGUCCGGUGUUUUUAUUAAAUGUACAUCUGACGGAUUCCAGAUGUCUGUUCAAGUUUGUGGACACGGUCCUCUUAUAUUUAACAUCCAUACUGGUGCUGGGAGCCAAGGACGCGAGAACGCUAACAACUACUACACUGUAAACUGGUGAUCUAAAAUGAAGAACAAUUUAAGCCUGUG